AUGUCAUUAGGACCUUUACCUGUCUGUCAAUGCCCCAUUUACUUGAAUGGAUCUCAGAAUGGGGCUGAUUUCAAUCCCUAUUCACAUAGGUUUGUUAGUGACUGUCCUCAUGAAAGAUUUGCAAAGAAAAUCAGACAUCCCCUCUGUGGACAAAGUUGUCAUUCUUCCUCUCAACCGUCUAGAUUUGGGAGUGACACCAAGAAGCAAGACCUGUAUCUUUUAGGGAAUGACAUCCUUGUACUACCUGAGGAGAAUAACAGUUAUGUUGAUUCUUUUCCAAGCUGUCAGCCUAGGUCUGAGGAUGGUGUAUUGUCUGAAGAUGCCUCUAGUCAGGCCAGUCCUCUGAGAUAUCAAGCUGUACAAGAACUACUGAAGCAGUUUUCUGGGAACAAGCAAGAUCAUGCCCAUGAAGUGUCUUCAGGAAACUUUAAGGAACAGGUGGUUAUAAAAUUCAGAAGAGCUCUUUAUUUUUCUGGGCUUCGGGUAUUAUAUGUCAGGGGUGGUGGAUUCUAUAGGCACAUUUCAGCAGAUUACUUCUUGAGAAACCCAAACUGUCUACAGCGAUUAAUUCCAUGGUUGAAACGUGAGCUGAUAACUAUUUAUGGUGAAUAUGGAUACACAGCAAAAAUUAUCCUCACUACCAUCCUCCAAAACAUGACAGCACAUGAUCUAGACAGGCAGAUCUUUUCUGAAAUCUUGGGACCCUUUUUCUUGCAAUACACCGAACACUUCUUACAUGAGUUCAUCAGUUUUGCUCAGUCACCUUUUAGCAUGAAAAAGUAUGACCAGCGAGCCAUUUAUGAGUGUCCUUCUCCUUCAAAUGGAAGGGGAAAUCUGUUCACUAUCUCACCUACUAAUGACAAAUUGGCUUUACCAGCACUGGAAAAUUAUGUAGAGAUGACCAAAAUUAUUCAUGACUCAUGGAAUAAAGAAGUAUUGCCUCACUCAAGCUCAAAGCAUAAUAUGACAUCUGAGUCAUCUUCCGUGUCACCUGAAGGAAAUCUAGCAAAGCCUACUAAGACCAGAAAUGCACAUCACCUUAGGACCCAAACUAUGUCAGAGUCAGGAGACAGCAAGGGUGCAAUUUCAUCACAGAGUUGCAUCCACAUUGCUCAUCUUAAAUCAAUGGGUGGGGAUGCCAUAGGAUUGCUAGAAUCACCCUCUAGAGUGAGAUAUACUUCUGAAGAAAAAAAAGAAGAGAGGAAGCUGCAGCUUUAACAGGACAACUGUUUAGGAGACAAUAGAGCAAAUUACUCUGUAUCUGAUAUUUCAACCCCCUCAAAUUCUAGCCUACAGAAAAAAAAAAAAUUGUUUACUAGUUGUCAGCCAAUGAAGACCCAGGAGAAAGAAUCAGAAAAGAACAAAAAUCCAGAUUCCUUUGAUAAGAUCUUUCAAAGAAGCCCACCCAUGAUGAAGGAAACACAACAACAUUUGUUUGGGAACUCAUUCGAAAAGAAAGACCAAGCUUGGAGUUACUAUUCAGAGAAUGUCUAUUCUCAUAGAAGGCCCAUUAAGAAAGGCCAGAGAGAACAGGCCUUCAGGAAGAAGAGGCUGAAAUGUCAACCAUCCUGCCAAGAUGGAGAACUAAGUUCAUACCAUUAUAUAAGGCUGAAAAGUCCACAGAUCAGGGCCUAUAAAAAUUGUCUUAAACAAGGGCUACCUCAAAGCACUGAAGACAUACCACAUUUGACUCAUCGCCCUAAAAAGAGAAGGUCAAGAAGCAAAGAUCAGAGUAAUGGGGGCUUAAGCUAUACAAGUGAACCUUUAUUGACUAUAUCCUGUGAAGUUCAGGAAGGUGAUAAAGGAAGUGAUGAUUACCAACCGUUUAGAAGAAUUAUUCUAGCUAAUACAAGAGAGUUUAUUAGUACAGGGGGGAGAGCCCAGAAUCUUUGCAAAAGAGAAAAAGCUUUAAGAGUAAAAAGCCCCAACAUCUGCCUCUAUCCUGAGAAACACAGACAAAACUGUCAGUGCAUGAAGAUGUCAGGGACAGUGUGUGUAGGUGGUAUCUCAUCACACCAUGAAAAGAUAGGUAAGAAAAGAAGAUUCAAAUGCCAACAUUCGGAGAAGGAAAAUAAUGAAACAAUGCCUAACUCAUUGCCCACUCCAGUUCAAAUGCACCAAAUCCAGUUGUCUACAUCCUGCUACAUACUGGGGCUCCCUAAACAAUUUGUCAGCCCUAUAGCCCAAGCUUCCAAAGAUGCCAUGGGUCAUACUAAGAAGAGAAAGGAAAAAUGUGACCAGAAAGUUGAAGGCGGAGAUUAUUUUAGUAGCAGAAUCUAUGAGAACAAAUAG